AUGUACAUUGCAACGUGGGAUGAAUUUCAGAAAGCCGUCGAGGAACUGUAUACGGCUUCUCCAGAACAAACCCGCUACGUUCAAACCUAUCGUCACGCUCAAGAAGAGUUAGUUCUCAAAGUCACCAAUGACCGUACGCUUUUGCAAUACAAAACAAAUCAAGCUUCUGACCUGAAAAAGUUCAUUAAUCUCAACAUGCGACUCAUGUGCCAAAUGCAAAAUCAGGCGAUAUCAGAAGCGGAAGAUACCGAAAUGCGACAAACCACAGCGGCUCCCGUCCCUUCAGGCCCUCAGAUACCCGAAGUGGUGGCAAGCAAACCUGCCUCAGGUGGCAAAAAGAAUCGGAAAAGAAAGCAUUGA